UCGCUCUGCUGUUUUAUCUAUAAAUAUCAUUGUGUAAGUACACAUCCUGAUUUAGAUUUAUGUUAUACUUUGAUUAUUUGACAUUUGCUGGUUUUGCUUCUGUUGUUGCUGAUCUGUAAACUCGCGUGCUGAUAAAGUUGAAGUUGUACCAACAUGACAUUACAGACAUUAUCACAUCUGAUGGGUCAUUGGAUUGAUGUGAAAGGAGUCUUGAUAUUUCUGUGCGUUCUGCUGUUGGUGAAACAUCUGUGGGAUGUUCAUUCAAAGAACUUGCCGCCUGGUCCCUUCCCACUGCCCUUCAUUGGAAACUUGAUGAAUAUUGGUUUUAAAGAUCCAUUAAGCUCCUUUCAAAAGAUUGCUAAGCGCUAUGGAGAUGUAAGCACGAUUUUCUUUGGAAGUCAACCCUAUAUACUGCUCACUGGAUACAAGAGCUUCAAAGAGGCGUUUGUGGACCAGGCGGACAUCUUCACGGACCGUCCGUACUUCCCUAUAAGUGAAAAACUCAUUAAUGGAAAAGGUUUGAUAAUGUCUAAUGGGCAUCUGUGGCGUCAGCAGAGGCGUUUUGCUGUGUCCACACUGAGGUACUUUGGUGUGGGGAAGAAAACUCUAGAAAACGCCAUCCUGCAGGAGUGUCGCUUUCUCAUUGAGACCAUACAGAGUGAACGAGGUUUGCCCUUCAACCCUCAUCAUGUUUUGGUCAUUGCAGUGUCUAACAUCAUAUCUGGCCUAGUGUUUGGUCACAGGUUUGAGUAUGGUGACCAUAAAUUCAAAUUGAUGCUGAAGUAUAUAGAUGACAUCUUGCAGGUGCCAAUCUCAAACUGGGGACGGUUAUAUGAUCAGUUUCCCACCGUGAUGUCUUUGCUACCUGGCAAACAUCAGACUGCAUUUUCCAGUAUGUCUAAACUCAAGGCCCUUGUUCAGGAGGAGAUCGAGAAACAUAAAGAGGAGAGAGAUCCAUCCAACCCCAGAGAUUACAUUGACUGUUAUUUGGAUGAGAUUGAAAAAUGUACUGACAGUGAGGCAGAAUUCACAGAGGAAAACCUCUCCUACUGUGCGGUGGAUUUAUUCGCAGCAGGAACAGAAACGACCUCCAACACUCUCAUCUGGGGUUUACUCUUCAUGGUUAAAUAUCCAGAUGUGCAAGAGAAAGUCCAGUGUGAGAUUGAUCAGGUGAUCGGGCAGACGCGGCAGCCGUUGAUGGACGACAGGACGCACCUUCCAUACACUUACGCUGUGGUCCAUGAAAUCCAGAGGUUUGCAAACAUUCUUACCUUCACUCCUCCAAGAGUGGCCAACAAGGACAUCAAAGUGGCCGGACAUCUCAUUCCUAAGGGUGUGAUAGUGUUUCCCCUGCUAAAGCUGAUUCUACAGGACCUGAAUGAGUACAGCACUCCACAUGAAUUCAACCCCGCACAUUUCCUGGAUGAAAACGGCAAAUUUUUAAAGAAAGAAAACUUCAUUCCUUUUUCAAUAGGUAAGAGGAUGUGUCCAGGUGAGCAGCUGGCCCGUAUGGAGCUCUUUCUCUUCUUCACCUCUCUGAUGCAGAAGUUUACUUUCCUGUCUGUUGAGGGACAACCACUGAGUCUGAAGGGAACUCUUAGUGUCUCUUCUGCUCCUUUACCCUACCUGAUACGUGCGGUUCCUCGAUGAUAUCAAGCUAUUACCCAUCAAGAUUGCAGAAUUGAUAAAGAUCGGUCACUGGCUCUGCACUGACAUACUUCCAGUACCUCUUACACAUCUACACCCACUUCAGAACCCUUUGGUCAACGAAUUAAAGAUGUCUUCGGUAUAGGGUAUAGAAAAUCGUUCUCUUGCUCAAUCACCUUCAUUUGCCACCAUGUUUCUACAGUAGCCUAAAUCAAAGGUGGGCAAACUAGGGUCCGUGAGCCAAAUGUAGCCCUUGGGCACUUCUAAACAGCCCGCCAAGCAGUUUGAGAAUUACUAAUUUGAAAAGAUGUUUGAAAAGAUGUUGCUAGCGCUAAAACACAACUGGAAAAUGAGCGCGCCAGAGUGGCAACAAAAUAGAAAGGUAAAUACUGAAUGUUGUGUGUUUAAAACAGAAUGAAUGGCAAAAUACUUCACCAACAUCAGACAAAAGCUGGCAUGUGUUAUUUGCCAAGAAAUUUUGCCAUUUCUAAAGACUUAAAGCAACAGUAAUGAGUUUUUUGCUCUUUGCUCCCCCUACAGGUUGGAAGCGGAAUUGUCCAUUACCACUGUCGUAAAUAAUUUAGCCUACUGCAGCAAAGCUGGCUCUGAUUGGGUUGUAGGUCUGCCGUAAAGCAAGUUUUUGUAGUUUUUACUCGAACUACAUGACCGCGACUCGAUGGUUGGAAACUUCAUUAGUGCGGUUUUGGCCGAUAGAGGGCUGCAAAGUGAAUGUGAAAGUGCAGUUCACCCUGUUUUGAGUGGAUGAACGACUGAAACUUUUUUGAAACGUUAUUUUAAGGUAAAAAAAACUCUUUGGUGUUGCUUUACUACUUACCUCUGUUUUUAACAUCAUGGUGAUGUAAUAAUUAUCUACCAAUACACAUGAAAUGUUUUGCCCUUACGAAAAUGAAGCAUGCUUUAACUACAUUAAGCAUAAUCUUUUUAUUUGUUGUAACAACAAAUUUACUAUGGUCUUACCAUGGUAUUUUAUUUGUAGUAAAACUAUCGUAAUACAAAUGGCAAUUUAUCUGCUAAAAACAUGUACUGGGACAUACUGCAGUAACUGAAGUCAAAAUACAACUGCUGCGACAUUAAGCCUUUUUUCCAGUUUUGCUCUGUCUUUAUUUGCUUAAAGUAUUCUGGGGGUCCUGGACCUCAGUAGUCUAGACCGGCCAUUCCCAAACUGUGGUCCGUGAGGGUACUGCAGGUGGUCCGUGUAAAGGCAAAAUAAAAUAUAAAAUAAUAUAUUUUUUUAAGAAAAAUAUUUUUUUUUAAGAAUCUGUUGUACUGAUGUGAUGACCAGUUAUAGUUUUAGUACUAGUGCCUCUAAAUAUAGUAAGCCUAUUUAGAGGUGCAGAUAAAUUCAGGACUUUGUGUAGACAUAUUUUAUUAUGAGUAUUAUGAGGUGGUCCGCGAAAAUUCUUGAUCACAAAUAGUGGUCCGCACACACAAAAAGUUUGAAAACCCCUGGUCUAGACUAUCUGUGUACUUUAAGAAUACUAAUUUUAACACAAUUUGAGACCUACUAGUUUUCAAUGUCAAAUAUUAUUUAGAUCAUAUAGUUUGCGAAUUGAGAAAGUGAAACACUAAUACUGUUGGUAUUAUCUUUAAAGUCUUCAUCAUUUAUUUCUUACUUUAUUUUAUAUUUAGGGAAGUCAUAUAAUACACAAUCUCUGGGGCUAUCGGUCUCAUUUCUAUUAAUGAAUUAAAUCUUCCUGUGUAUUACUCAGUACAGUUUUGUGAUUUGCUAUUAGCAACAGAUUGUCUGUUGCCUUCAGAUUGGGUUGUAUAAAAGAUUAUAAACGAUGUGACAUAAAUGUUCAUUUUUAAAUAGUGCUCCUGUUACCCCUACAAGAAACAAAGACAGUUGCAGAAAAUCUCAUUCCAAAGGUCAGAAAUCUACUUAUAGUAUAUACUUGACCAAUAGGCCCACCACCGUUGCUGAUAAGCAUAAACGUAUAUAGCAUAUACCUGUAGAUGAAUCUGUGAUGAUGCGUACAAAGGUUCCACAUGCUUCUUUUGUCGUAAAAUACUGAAAUAUCUUGAUGGUCUCUGAACUUAACGUGAUGUAAUAACAUCUGGUUGAUUGGUGUGGUUACCAAAUAAACUUACCUGAACCA